UUACAGCCGGGAGGAUUUACGGAGGUUUCGCUUCCGGUAGCACCGGAAGCAGCUCGAAGAUGGCGUCCUCCAAGCAGAAUGGGCCGGCUACAGCUUCGGGGAAAACGGAAUUUCGUGGCGCGAAGCCGACGUCGGAGAACCGAGCAUGUUAACGCAACCCUGGACCUGAUUGAGGGCAGCAUGACUGUCUGUACUACAAAGAAGACAUUUGAUCCAUAUAUCAUCAUUAGGGCCAGAGACCUAAUCAAACUGUUAGCAAGGAGUGUUUCAUUUGAACAGGCAAUACGAAUUCUUCAGGACGAUGUUGCAUGUGACAUCAUUAAAAUAGGUUCUUUAGUAAGAAAUAAAGAAAGAUUUGUAAAAAGAAGACAACGGCUUAUUGGUCCCAAAGGAUCUACUUUGAAGGCAUUGGAACUCUUGACAAACUGUUACAUUAUGGUUCAGGGAAACACGGUUUCAGCCAUUGGACCUUUUAGUGGCUUAAAAGAGGUGCGAAAAGUAGUCUUAGACACUAUGAAGAAUAUUCAUCCAAUUUACAAUAUUAAAACCUUAAUGAUUAAACGAGAGCUGGCGAAGGACUCUGAGUUAAGAUCACAAAGUUGGGAAAGGUUUUUGCCAAAGUUCAAGCACAAAAAUGUGAAUAAACGCAAGGAACCAAAGAAGAAAACUGUUAAGAAAGAGUAUACACCAUUCCCACCACCACAGCCAGAAAGUCAGAUUGAUAAAGAAUUGGCUAGUGGUGAAUACUUUUUGAAAGCAAGUCAAAAGAAGAGACAGAAAAUGGAAGCAAUAAAGGCUAAACAAGCAGAAGCUCUCAGUAAGAGACAAGAGGAGAGAAACAAAGCUUUUAUUCCGCCUAAAGAAAAACCAGUUCACCCGAAGAAACCUAAGGAAGCUUCUACUGAAACUAAAAUUGAUGUGGCUGCCCUCAAGGAAAAGGUUAAGAAAGCAAAGAAUAAAAAACUGGGAGCUCUUACAGCUGAAGAAGUUAAGCUUAAAAUGGAAGCAGAUGAAAAGAAAAAGAAGAAAAAGUAACACAAACAAACCCUGAACUAAAAUUUAUUAAGCUCUCUCCUUUUGUAAAGGAUUUUUGAAAUACUGUAGUUGGCAACAUUAGUUGCCUUAUCCAUGAGAAGUAAUACCCUGAUCACUUUUUUUCUGAGUUUGUGCUUUAUUACAGUGUUAAUAUAAACAACUGUUCUUUAUAAAUUAUUGUCCAUAUGUUUUUUGAAAAAUUUUAUACUAGAGAGUGAUAUAUAUGUGUUUAUAUACAUUGUAUCUAAUCUAUUCCAGGCACGUUUUGCCUAAGCAUGAUUUUAGAAGUAAUUUUUAAGGAGGUUUAGUCUUUAAAUAUUAUCAUGUCCCAGCAUUUGGUUUUGAGAAAGUGCUCUAAUGUAAUCUCAUUUACAUUUUGUUCCAAAAUUAAUUAAUAAUCCAAAAAAGCAAGGCCUUUUAAAUUAAUUCCCUUAAUUCUGUUCCAAUCUGAGUCUGAGGAAGUAGUAAAUCAUAAGAUAUCAAACUGCAAGAGAACCUGGAAAACCAGAUAUUUAAAGCUGGAACAGCACGCAUGAGGGGUUAUAUAGGAGUGUUUUUACUGAUGAGGGCCGGUGAGGUUUCUCAGACCACCUACAUCUAGCUCUUUCACUCUGCAUAUUUAGAAGCUGAGGCGGACAGGGGAUAGAGCUUACUCAUUGCAAGUCACAGCUGUGGCAGCUAGGAAACAGUGCUGCUGCUUAAAAAGUGGAAAGUAAAGAUGAGUCUAUCCUGUAGUGCUAGGAAGAUGAACCAUUUUUUGAGUAAGGGUUUGUUGCAAAUCAGAAAUACACCCGGUUGUUACUAAAAUAAAAACAAAACACCGUGUAUGAAUGAAGAUUUUUUUCCUCCCUGGAUUGUAUUAUUUCAAAGUAAAUAAAUGAGGGUAUUUGCCCUUGGCCCACAUGAUAAUUAUAACACUCAGUAUUAGGAUUGGUGGGAUAAUUAUGAGAAAAAGAGAUGUGUUUCUGUCACGUGGAUAUAUCGGCCAGUCUGGAAACACAGUGGAGUAGUAACCUGUGAAACAGAAAUGAAAUAUACUCAUUAAUGUUGUCCCCCAUAAUGCAGUAACACAGCUCACAUAGAUCUUAAAACAGUUUAAGGUUUAUAUACAUACGUGUCACUUUGUCUCGUUGUGGGUUAGCUGUAAAAUCAGAAGAAAGAAAAAAAAAUUAAAAGAAUAGGUACUGGGGAGGGUUUUGUUUUAAGAGUCAAGUCUCUUAAUUAUAACCAUUGACUGUUGCUUUGGCUUUACUGCAGUGAUUUUCAAAGGUUAAUUAUUCAAGAUUUUUUUGUGCUUACUGUAAUAACUUGAUAUUUUUAAAUCAUCUUGUUUAUAUAAAACUUUUUAUAUAUCACUAGUAUAAAUGUAAAGCCAUUUUACAUAAGCAGAUAAAAUAAAUGUAAUAAAAAAAAUAAAAGUAA